AUGGCAGAUAAAGAUAUGGGCUUAUCUCUGGAGAUUACUUCACUUAACGACUAUUUUCUGACUUCUGGAAGUAUCCACAUAGACUCAGAUGAGCGGAAACAGAUGACAGACAAGUUACUCGUAUAUGUACCGGUGUUGUCUGAUGCAGCCACGCUGGGCAAGGAAGGAAGCUUCGCCUUCGCCUCUUACUAUGGGGACCACAUGGUCCUUCAGCGGGGACCCCAGAGGGCCAACAUUUGGGGGUAUUCUCCCCACCUGGGUGAAAAGGUAACAGUAACUGUCGGUGGUCAUUCAGUGUCUACCACCGUGGUCAGUGGUCACGUGGCUAAAGGCGGGGUCUGGCAGGUAAAACUACAGGCCAUGACUAAUCCGGGUCCUUACGUCAUCACGGCCUCGUCUAAUUCCGGUAGAAUUCAGCUACAUGAUGUCCUCUUUGGAGACGUGUGGAUUUGUUCGGGGCAAAGUAAUAUGCAAGUUUCCGUAUCUCAGGUAUUCAACGCGGCUCAUGAAAUUGAAGACUCCAACAAUUAUCCUAACAUCCGGGUAAUGACGAUAAGAAACCAGGCGUCCACACAUGCUGAAACAGAUCUCCUUAGUAUUUGGAAGCAUUGGUCCCCUGCGAACAAAGGUUCAAUAGGAGGGCCAAACUGGAACUAUUUCUCCGCGGUUUGCUGGUUUUACGGGAAGUAUCUGUACCGUCACCGAGGCUACCCCAUAGGACUGAUAGCAUCGGAUUGGGGAGCCGCUCGCAUCGAGCCCUGGAUGUCACCACAAGCGUUGUCAACCUGCCACGUUAAUGUCCCCAGUCCACUUUUACUUCCACACCACGAACCCGGUAAAUUCUAUGUUCCAAAUGUACCAACUGUUAUGUGGAACUCUAUGAUGGGACCUUUGACGAAAAUGACCAUAUAUGGAGCGGUUUGGUAUCAAGGAGAGUCAAAUGACCACGAUCCAUCUGGUUACAAAUGUCUGUUCCCGGCAAUGAUCGCGGAUUGGAGAAAACAGUUCCACCAAGCCUCAGGAGGAGAGACGAACGCCAUGUUUCCAUUCGGAUUUGUACAGCUCGCUGCCUUGUCCAAAACUCACAAUAUUGGGGAUUUCCCAGAUCUGCGCUGGGCUCAGACAGUAAACCUAGGCUACGCGCCUAACUCAGUGCUGAAGAAAGUGUUCAUGGCCGUUGCCAUGGAUUUACCCGAUUACAACAGCCCCUGGGGAGCAAUCCAUCCCCGUUAUAAACAAGACGUGGGUCUCCGCUUGGGUCUGGCCGCCGAGGCUGUUGCCUACGGAGUUGAAAAUGUACAUUAUCAGGGGCCUUUCCCCACAUCUGUAACCGCCCACAAGAACUCCGGCACACUAACCAUAGAGUUUGACCACGGCCGCACACCCAUCGAAGUCAGGAGUAAUGAUGGCUACGAGGUUUGCUGCUCAACGAAUGUACAUGCGCACUGCAGCACAAAGGACAGCAACUGGAAGGCAGCGCCCAUAUCAGCUCACAGCACCUCCUCUAUAAACUUGAAUUAUCAUCAGCACUGUGGGGGUAACGCUCACGUGCUUGGGGUUAGGUACGCGUGGCGUGAGAGCCCGUGUGACGUGAAGAAAUGUGCUGUGUACAGUAAAGCUAAUGGUCUACCCGCGCCACCAUACCUUUCCCUGGGAAGUUUUGCCCUCACCUCUUACUAUGGGGACCACAUGGUUCUUCAGAGCGGACCCCAGUGGGUCAACAUUUCGAGGGUACUCGCCGCACCUGGGUGA